AUGCCAAAUCCAGUAGAAGUGUUGCAGGAUCCCGACAUCUUUCAUCACACAACACAGCAAUUCAGAGAGGCCAAUCAAGCUACUACAAAUAAGACUAGCCGAGACAGAAUACCAAGUUACCAUCAAUAA